AUGGCGCGCCGUCACCGCCCACUCUUCCACACUCUUCUCGCGUCGGUGGUAGUGCUGCUUGUGGUGCACGGCGGUGCUCCUGCGGCGGCGCUAUCCGGAUCGGCGCCGUGCCCCGCCACGGAGAAGGCUGCACUGGAGUGGUGCACCAAGUUCUUUGGCGGCGCUGGCGGAGCCGUCACGGCUGGCACGUGGAGCGAAACCUUCUUCACGUGUGUGUGCAACGGCGCUGCGUCGCUAAUAAUCAGCCGUCACCAAGAUUUGCCUGUCGCAAGCGAGCCGCAGCAGUCGUCGUCGUCGCUCCCUGAAUGGGACUCCCCGGAAGCGUUGUCGACCCAGCUGUCGCCAUCAAUGGCGGUAUCCUCGUCUUCGUCGUCCUCAGCGCCGGCGAACUACACGUGCCGGUGGGUUGGCUUCUUCUCACAGUUCCCGGAUGGUGAGCAAUGCCUGCCCAGCACUGGCGUGUGCCCCACCCAGUGCGCUGUCAUGUCACCGUUCCUCUGCGACGGCCAGCAGGCAGGCAGCUGCACCUUCAGCGAAAGCGGCACGCUCCUGUACACCUGCUUGACCUGCACUGGACGGCUGUUCACCAUUAACACGACAGCCCCAGACACGUGCCACCGCACGUACACGGAAGCACUGUGUGACCCGCAGACUGAGUGCAGCGGUCAUGGAUGUUGCGCCAUGCUCAGUGCCGAGCCCUUAAGCAGCUCCGUGACUGACGGCGUGUGCAACUGUUUCGCGAACCGCUCGCAUGGCUACUACGCCGGUGCCAACUGCGCCGCAUGCGCGUCCAGCUACUAUGUGGACUCCGAGGGGGUCUGCAAGUCGCGCGUGCAGCCAGUGCAGAUUUUGCUGGCGUCGAUUGGCAAGACGUGGACGAUGGUGUCUCCCAACGUCUCGGUGCUCUUCCUCUUUGUCGUUUUCAGUAUGAUGCGCAAGCUGAAUGCGUCUGACCGGCCUUUCGAACUGACUGGCUUGCGGCGGGCAAACCUGUCCUCGGUGCAGGUGGCGCGGCGGCGGCAGCAGAGCCUCUUCCACUCCAAGUACAUCCCGAUGCGGCCGGCGAAGAGCCGCUCCUUUACGAAUCCGCACCAGCCCCGCACGAGAGGACCGUCCGCGUAUUGA